AUGUGUUACCGCCACCCCAAUGGCCAAUACAGCCUCUUGAAGUACCCGGACACCUUCUGCGGAAGCGAUGAACAUGGAGCGAUGCUGGGUGUUGGAAUAGCCCUUCUGAGCGUCUUUGUAGUGGGCUUCUUCGUCUAUUGCUGCUUCGGAGCCUGGAAGGUGCCCUACUGGAGCUCCCAACAGCAACAACACUUGGUGAAAGCUUUCCUCUUCUUGAUCGGUAAGUUCCGUUUGGACGUUUGGUGGUUCGGCCUGUUCUUGCUGGUCCGCGGCUUGGGCUUCAGCUUAGCCAUUGUUCUCGCGACUGAGUCCCCGCAAUUGCAAGUGGCCAUUGCGAGCAUCCUCACCUCUAUAUAUCUCUUCGUCUUGACUCUCACACGACCUUGGAAGGCCCCAAUCAUCAACGUUGGAGACAUCGCCUUGUGCAAUGCACUCCUUUUGUUGAUCAAUCAAGCAGUGCAUCCGAACAGCCCUGUGGACCUCCAGUUUGCCGACGAUUUCUCCGCGGUGAUCGUGGUGCUGAUCAUUGCAAUCUUGAGUUUGAUGGGAGCUCUAUGCCUUAUAGCGCUGAUCUUUGGACGCCGCUUUGGCAUAGGAGAAAACUUGCUGAAUCUCACGCGAGUUGGACAUGUACAUGGCAAGGUGGCCACAGCACUGAAAGAAUGUGUCCAAGAGCUCAUGAAAAUCGAAGAGAAUCAGCUUUCAGAGGAUCUUGGUAAAAUGAACAUUUACAACUUGAUGGCCUUGCAGGGGGCCAUCUCCGCAGUCUUCGUGGAUGUCCUCGACAAGUCCUCGGGCCUUGCAACUCGUGUGGCGCAUUCCGCGGCUUCGAUUCGAUCUGACGCCGACAAGACCGGGCAUGUGGAGGUGCCCGUGGUCAAUGCAGCAGCCACACCUCCUACGAGCGAUUCAGCAGACACGACCCAGAUGAACGACGCCACGGAUGCCUCCGCUCCGGUGCCCUCGGAUCGUUCUCAGCUCGACGCCGUGGCCCAGGAGCCCAAAGAGGGACCAUUGCAUCGCGUGGGCGACGAACUUGAGCCCAUUGUGGCCACGGAGCUCUGA